GAACCCUAAAUCCAAGAAAGUAGCCCAUUACCACCAGACUCUUCUCCUCGGCCCUGGUUGGAACUUGGAAGACACCAGUUAGUCCGGCUAAUAUCACCGACCUCAUUCACCUCCGCCGUAGCGAAAACAUGUUGCGUAAUUUCCGGCAGCUUUGAGUAUGCUUUCUAUGUUCUAUCAGCCUCCAUGCCCCUCUGAUUUUCAUCAUUUUGUUUAAAAUCUCAUAUAAGUUAUUUAUUGCUAUCGAAACCCUAACAUAAUCGUCAUCAAGUGUAUACUCUCUUUUAGUGUUCUGUAAACUUGCUGCAAGGUAGUGAUUACAAUUAUAGCGAUAGUGCGAUACACCUAUACCUUGGCGUUUGAAAACCUGAUGUAAGAAUUGGAAUGGGAGCUCUGAAGAACAGGCUAUGUAGAAGCAACUGAGUGCAAGGAUGAAGACACUUCUUACAGGCCGAGGGAAAUUAUUAACCUCUAGUUCAAAAUCCUCUGAUGUUUUUAUUCUAUGUGAGAGGUUUCUAUCUUUAUAUAUAGGGCUUUCUCAUCUGCAACAAAGAGCUCUUUCUUCUACAAGUGGCAUUAAUGAAGAACACAUUGAAAAAUUCAAUGGAAAAAGACAAGAAGUGGAUAAUGUAUGCCAAAUCUUGGAAAGUGCUCCAUGGGGAACAUCUUUAGAGAAAGCUUUAUCCACAUACAAUGGAAGCACACAAAGUGAUUUGGUCAUUUCUGUUUUAAGGAAACUAAAAGAUGUCAAUCUUGCACUAAACUAUUUUCAAUGGGCAGAAAAGAAAAGCAAUCAACCCCAUUGUCCUGAAGCAUACAACUCCCUUCUCAUGGUUAUGGCAAAAAGCAACAACUUUGAUCAAAUCGAACAAGUCUUUCAAGAAAUGAAUCUUUCAGCCUACACAACUCUCAUAGGAGCUCUUUCAACCAUUCAUGAACCUGAUCUCAUUCUCACUCUCUUUCACCAAAUGCAAGAGUUAGGCUAUGAAGUACACGUGCAUCUAUUCACAACUGUGAUACGUGUAUUUGCAAGAGAAAGUAGACUUGAUGCUGCUCUUUCUCUUUUAGAUGAAAUGAGAAGUAAAUAUGUUGAUGGAGAUAUUGUUCUAUAUAAUGUUUGUAUAGACUCUUUUGGUAAAGCUGGAAAAGUAGACAUGGCUUGGAAGUUUUUUCAUGAAAUGAAAGCUCAUGGAAUCAUGCCUGAUGAUGUGUCAUACACUAGCAUGAUAGGUGUGCUAUGUAAAGCUAAUAAGCUUAAUGAAGCUAUUGAGUUAUUCGAUGAAUUGGAGCAUAAAAAAAGAGUCCCAUGUGCAUAUGCUUAUAACACCAUGAUCAUGGGUUAUGGAAUGGCUGGAAAGUUUGAUGAAGCAUUUAAGCUACUCGAGAAGCAAAGACUCAAAGGCUCAAUCCCAAGUGUUGUUGCAUAUAAUUGCAUCCUCACAUGUCUUGGAAAAAAAGGGAAAGUAAAUGAGGCUUUGAAGCUCUUUGAUGAAAUGAAAAAAGACGCAUCCCCUAAUUUGUCAACAUACAAUAUCCUCAUAGACACCCUUUGUAGAUCUCAGAAUCUUGAAAAGGCUUUGGAAAUUCAAGAAUCCAUGAAAGAAUCUGGAUUGUAUCCGAAUAUAUUAACUCUCAACAUAAUGAUCGAUCGACUCUGUAAGUCUCAAAAACUAGAUGAAGCGUGUUUAAUCUUUGAAAAAAUGGAUCACAAACUUUGUCCUCCAAAUGGUUACACUUAUUGCUCUCUUAUAGAAGGAUUAGGGAAAAUGAAUAGAGUCGAUGAUGCUUACAAACUAUAUGAACAAAUGUUGGAUGCUAAUGUGACUCCAAAUCCAGUAGUCUACACUUCUCUAAUAAGAAACUUUUUUAAAGUAGGAAGAAAGGAAGAUGGUCAUAAGAUUUACAAAGAAAUGAUUCGAAAAGGUAUAAUUCCGGAUUUAACCCUGUUGAACACUUACAUGGAUUCCACUUUUAAAGCCGGUGAAACACAAAAAGGUCGAGCUUUAUUUGAAGAAAUUAAGGUUCACAACAUGUCCCCAGAUGCUCGAAGCUAUUCCAUAUUACUUCACGGAUUAAUAAAAUCAGGAUUUUCAAAAGAAACAAAUUCAAUACUCCAUAACAUGAAGAAACAAGGAUGUGUUCUAGAUACACCUACUUACAACACAUUUAUCAAUGGAUUUUGUAAAUCAGGUCAAGUCAACAAAGCAUAUAAGCUUCUAGAAGAAAUGAAGUCCAAAGGUCAUCCACCAAAUGUUGUUACAUACGGAUCCGUGAUCGAUGGGCUUGCAAAAAUAAACAAAUUAGACGAAGCUUAUAUGUUAUUCGAAGAAGCUAAAUCAAAAGGAAUUGAAUUAAACGUGAUAAUUUAUAGUUCUCUUGUUGAUGGAUUUGGAAAAGUAGGUAGAAUCGAUGAAGCGUAUUUAAUCAUGGAAGAAUUAAUGCAAAAAGGGCUAACACCAAAUAUCUACACAUGGAAUUGUUUGCUUCAUGCAUUAGUGAAAGCGGAAGAAAUCGAUGAAGCACUUGUGUGCUUUAACUCAAUGAAGGAUUUAAAAUGCACACCAAAUGGAAUCACUUAUGGAAUUAUCAUAAACGGAUUAUGUAAAAUCAGAAAAUUCAAUAAAGCAUUUGUGUUUUGGCAAGAGAUGCAAAAACAAGGGGUGCAACCGAAUGUUGUGACUUAUACCACAAUGAUUAGUGGGCUUGCGAGAAGUGGGAAUGUGAUCGAGGCAAAUCGGUUGUUUGAGAGGUUUAAGAAAGGUGGUGGAAUCCCGGAUUCGGGUUGUUAUAAUACUAUGAUUGAAGGGUUGAGUGUAUCGAAUAGAGCUAUGGAUGCUUAUUUGUUGUUUGAGGAUUGUAGAAUGAAAGGGUGUAAUGUGUAUUUGAAUACGUGUGUUGUGCUUAUGGAUUCGUUGCAUAAGGCUGAAUGUCUUGAACAGGCUGCCAUUGUUGGUGCUGUGUUGAAGGAAACAGCUAAGGCUUGUCAUGCUUCUAAGUCUAUGUAG